GAUUUUUCCUCUUUCCUCGAUACUCUCAGCUAUAUACAUAUUUUGUCAAUACCCCCUCACACUCCCUCGCCAUGACCUUGUCACGAAGCCAAACCAAGCAGGAGAAAGAAAUUAAUAUCCAGGUCGUUGUCCGCUGCAGGGGGCGCAAUGACCGGGAACGCAGAGAGAGCAGCGUGCCUGCCAUGGAUAUAGCACCGCUGAGCGGCAGAGAAAUCACACUGCGCAAUGGGGUAAACGUCCGGAAUUACACGUUUGACAGGGUGUUUGGCCCGCAAGCCGACCAGAAAGAGAUAUAUGAUAAUGUCGUACAGCCCAUUCUGGACGAGGUGCUUCAGGGCUACAACUGCACAAUCUUCGCCUACGGACAGACUGGGACAGGAAAGACCUACACGAUGGAAGGCGAUUUGGACAUGCAGAUGCCAUCAUUUGCAGACAGCAACCAGAGGCUGAUAACUAGCGGCCUGGGCAGCAUCAGGAUUCCCACCAAUGCCGGCAUUAUCCCCCGCACGCUGUACCAGCUGUUCAAGGCCAUCGGCAAUGAUCCCGCCAGCAUGGUGACAGUAUCGUAUAUGGAGCUGUACAACGAGGAGUUCCGUGAUCUGUUUGUGGACACGAACGCCAAAGGCGAGCCGAACGGGCCGCACAUCCAGGUCUUCGACACUGGAACCAAGGGCAACAUUCAGUUCCAGGGCCUCGAGGAGAAGCGGGUGCAGACGGCCGAGCAGGCGAUUGCACUAAUGCGCGAUGGCUCGCUGCGACGCCGAGUGGCAGCAACCAGGUGCAAUGACACCAGCUCGCGCUCACACGCAAUCUUCACAAUCAACGUGCUUGUUCGCGAAUCGGCACUGGGCUCUGACGGCGACUACGUGCUCAAGCGCGGAAAGCUCAAUCUGGUUGAUCUUGCAGGCAGCGAGAAUAUUGGACGCAGCGGAGCCGAGAACAUGCGCGCACGCGAGGCCGGCCAGAUCAACCAGUCGCUGCUGACCCUGGGGCGGGUUAUCACUUGCCUGGUCGAGAAGCACCAGCACAUUCCAUACCGCGACAGCAAGCUGACACGCGUUCUCAAGGACUCGCUGGGCGGAAAGACGCGCACGUGCCUGAUUGCCACAGUGAGUCCAUCCAAGGCGAGCAUCGAGGAGACGAUCAAGACACUGGACUAUGCGGGCAAGGCGAAGAGCAUCAAGAAUAAGCCGGCAGCCAACCGCACAGUGUCCAAGGCCGACAUUAUCAUCGAGCUGACAGGGAAGAUUAACCGUCUGGAAGAUGACCUCAACGCGGCGCGCGACAAAAUGGGCUUCUAUGUGUCGAAGGAAACGUACGAUCAGCUGGUAGAGGAUUCAAAGUCGGCAAAGAUGCGGGGCGAGUCUUGGCAGAACGAGAGGGUGCUCAUGGAGGACAACCUGAAUCAGCUGAAUGAUGAGAACCGCAAGCUCAAGGAAAAAUACGAGGAAAUGGAGGACAAGCUGAGCGAGGCCAGGAACCAGCUGGUGCAGACGCAGCAGGAUCUGGAGAAUGCCCGUCAGGACUACAAAAACCAGAUUGUUGUGUCCAAGGCCCAUGCUAUGCACGAAGAGGAGCUGGAUGAAGCCGCGCGUACACUGCACAGCUCGCUCAGCGCUGCGACCAGGGACUCGGCGAAGCUCCAUGCAAAGAUCUCGCGCAUGCAGGAACGCGAGCAGCUGAAUCUCAACGCGGUAGCCAGGAUUGGCAGUCUGGUAGGUGAGGAGACAUCGCGGGCGCUGUCGUCAGUCGCCGAAUACAGCAAGCAGGCUGGAGCGCAAACCCAGCAGCUGCUGGCUACGCUGCAUGACCGUGUCGGCGAGCAGUUUGAGACUGAAAUCAGGACGAAGCUGAGCGAAGCAGAGUCGCGACUUGCAGCCCAUCUGGCUGAGCUGGCUGAGAAGGCUGAGGAAUCUGGCGUGGAGCAGCGUGAUACAUGCGUAGCGUCAAUCGAGUCGGUCUCGGAGCUUGUCGCGCAGCUCAAGGUUACGAUGGCAAUCUGGUCAAAAAGUGUGUUGGGGCUUGCGAACAAAGCACCUUGCGCAUGGAGCAGUCCUCUCAGUGCCAGCUGGACGGCAUCAAUAGCGCAGCAGUCGGCGUCCGGUCGCUGCUCGACAAGUGCGUAGCGGACUCAGCUGCGGUUAUGAAGGAGGCUCAGCUGAGCACCGAGAAGGACAUUGCUGCAAUGCACCGAGAGAUCGAGGAGCUGCGGGUGCAGAACGCAGAGUAUGUGCGCAGCUUUACCCAGAAAAUCGAGUCGCUGCGCAGCG